AUGGGUUCGCUCGCUAGCUUCCUCUUCGUUUACGCCCUUGGUGGAAUCACUUUCAUUCCAUUAGUAUUGUCCUCAAUCAUCCUCUACGCCUACCUGACCCUUCCAUCGGCGCCCCAACUACCGCAAUCAUGCGAGAAAGCGGCCGAUCCCGUCCGUCAACCUACCGAUGACGACUUCAGUCUCAAGUCCGGCACCGACCAACUAGCGGAGAAAUUCCAUCGCACCCACGAGUCCGAUGUCGCUGCUGGAUACUUUGCUGUCUGCCGUGAAUACGUUCCCGGUGGUGUGAAUGGGAAGCCUCCCGAGAGAACGACUCCCGCUGGGGAAGUCGUUGCGGCCGAAAGUCCUAGCGUGUAUCAGACUAUGUACCGGAGUCUGUUCGAUCGAAAGCAGGCACCAAGUAUUGAUCCGGCGAAGGCGAAUGGAAAGACCACGAAACGGGCACGGAAUGUCUUCUACAUUGUUCUCCGACAUGGCCACUUGAUGCUUUACGAUGAUGUAAAUCAGGUUGAGGUGCGGUAUGUCAUUUCGCUUGCUCACCACGAUGUGACCAUAUACGGGGGAGAAGGGGACAUCCCAGAAGGAGAGCUGUGGCUCAAAAGAAACGCCAUAUGUCUCUCUCGGCGACUGGCUUCGCUUGGGGAUCUAGGAGGGCCGACUCCCCCGUUUUAUCUCUUCUCUGAAAACUUGUCUGAGAAGGAGGAUUUCUAUAUCGCCAUGCUGCAGAAUCAAAACCGGCUGUGGGACUCGCCUGAUCGCCCGCCCAAGCACCAGGAGUUUGACACCAAGCAUAUUGUCACAUUGGUCCAGCGCCUGCAUUCCUCCGAGGAGCAGUUGCAGACACGUUGGAUCAAUGCUUUCCUUGGAAGGUGGUUCCUAGCGAUGUACCGGACACCUGAGUUGGAGGAAUUCGUGCGGAGCAAGAUCGUAAAGAAGAUCUCUCGUGCCAACAAACCCAAUUUCAUUAGCAAGAUCGGCUUGCAGAGAAUUGAUAUGGGCGAAGGGGCUCCUUUUAUCACCAACCCAAGACUGAAGGACUUGACAGUGGACGGUAAUUGCUGUGUGGAGGCCGAUAUGCAAUACACUGGAAACUUUCGGGUCGAAAUAUCGGCAACUGUGCGCAUUGAUUUGGGCCCUCGGUUCAAGGCCAGAGAGGUCGACAUUGUCCUUGCCGUUGUGUUGAAGAAACUUGAAGGCCAUUUGUUGGUACGCUUCAAGCCCCCACCCAGCAAUCGCAUCUGGAUGUCUUUUGAAACCACACCAAAGAUGGAAAUGGACAUCCAGCCCAUUGUCAGCUCCAAACAAAUCACAUACAGCCUCAUCCUGCGCACGAUCGAGAGCAAGAUCCGCGAAGCAGUGGCAGAGAGCAUUGUUCUGCCUUUCUGGGACGACGUUCCCUUCCAUAAUACCUUUGGCCAGGCUUUCCGCGGUGGUAUUUGGCAACAAGACAGCCCAGAGACGAGUGCUCAGGUAGAGAUACCAGAGAUACCUGACGAAUCUGGCGAAGCUCCCCCGACCCCGAGGAGCGUUGCUAGUGAUCCCAUUGAAACCCUCAAGUCCAAGGACGAUCGCACGAUGAGCAUGCCUGUCCUUUCUGAGUCCGGAACGGCCAAGAAGAAGCCUCGUAAAGGCCUGAAAUCUUCCCUGUCGGAUCUGCAAUCGAACAGUUCCACUGCAACUUCCACUGGUGUCGAGAGACCGGACAUCGCACCCCUGCCUCGAGCUAUUCGGUCACAGACCUUCUCUCAUGCUGCAGACCCUCGAACUCCAAGCACCUCGCCACCUACAGGUGGUCUUAUGAUGCCAGAAAAUGCGGUCCAUAGCCGCGAAUCGUCGAUUGCAGAUUCUAUUGAUAGCGCUAGCUUUGCCCAUGAAAGUGUUAUCCAGAGACCCUCUUCUACUCGCAUGGAGAGCGGGUCCUUCUCCAGCUUGAGAAACUCUCGGGGUAGCUCCACCGUGUCCGUGGUCAGCGACACGGCCCCACGACGCAGCACAAUCGAAACUAUUACCAAAACCUUUACAUCAUCCGACGACAGGUCCUCCGGCCCAAUGACUCUCGGGCAAGCCACUGCUGCUGCCAAGAAAUGGAGUUGGAGCGUGUUUGGUAAAGGUGACCCAAAUAACGGACAAGGUUCGCCGCGGUCUCCCCCGGGCACGGUUAACCAACCGAUUGGACGAGGCCACCCUCAUCCACCACUCGGAACACCCUUACCGCGCCCAGACAAAUAUGCCUUGAAGAGGAACGCAGCAACAUUGCCCAAGCGUAAACCUGUGGCAGCACACACAGUGCCCGAACGCCCCAAGACGGGAGACCAACAGCCCCCACUAUCGCAUUUACCCCGCAGGAAACCAAUGGCUCCUGAAGUGCGUGACGACCAAUGCACUGAUGAACUGCUCGUGGUAGAGGCACCUCAAGAAUCUGAGCCAAAUAGCCCGGCCCCUGGGAACCCCGAAUCAGACUCCAGUCUGAUAGCCCCGACUCCUGUUGAGGGUGAGACAUCAUCGAAGACUGAACAAUAUGAGGCUGAUUUCGAAGAGCAAGAGGAGUUGCCUGUUGUUGAAUCGUUACGCUCUGUUGAUCAGGCGCCCUCUUCACCUCUAGGUAGUCAUGAGGCGUUACCAUCUACAGGAAGGGUGGAAAUACCCUCAUCGUAA